AUGAUUGUGGUAGUGGCACUUGUCCUGGUGGAGGUCAAUGUAAUGGUACUGGUGGCUCUACUUCUUGUGCUGGAUGUCCUGCUUUUAAUCAACAUCAAGUAAAUCGCCAGGCUCUUAUUUGUGCUAAUUGUAGAACAACAACGACUCCUCUUUGGAGAAGAGAUGAACAAGGAAAUACAAUUUGUAAUGCGUGUGGUCUUUAUUAUAAACUUCAUAAUGUACAUAGACCUGUGAGUAUGAAACGAAGUGUUAUUAAGAGAAGGAAAAGAGUGAUUGUUACACAAGCAAGUGAUGAAGAAGAAACGAUGGAAGAAGAUGAUGAUACCCUUUCUCAGAAAUCUCAAACAAGUCAUUCCAAGACACAUGUACCCGAAAUAGAAGAUUAUAUAGCAUUAAAGAAGAAGAAAAUAAUAGAUUUACCAUUAAAGAAACAAGAAACUCAUACUAUUUCAUCUUCGAUGACUAAUACAAUGAUAAAACAACCUUCCAAAGAAUCAUUAUCACCCUUACAACAAAUGACAUCACCUAUAAAUCAAACUUCUUUAUCAGAUAAGAUUAUAAAUCAACAUCAAUCUCCUUCACCUUUAUUAUUUAAUCCUUCCCCUCAACACCGUUCUUCAUUAUCACCACCACCACCAACACAGCAACAACAACAACAACAAAACACAAACUUUUUACCUCCGAUUUCUUUUGAACGUCAAUCUUUUCGCUUAGAAUCCUUAUUUGGUCGUAGAGAAUCGAAUUCAUCCUCUUCAUCUAUGAUUACUAAUACAUUACCUCCACUUUCGUUACCCCCCUUAACUCCUCCUUUAUCGCAACCAUUAUCCUCUUUUCAACAGCAGCCUACUAAAACUAGUUAUGAAUUAGCUGACUUUGAUCAUGCAUUAGAUCGUUUAGAACAUCUAAGAAGACAAGUUAGACCAGAGCAAGCGUAUGCUCUCUCUCAAUUAACUCAAUCUCUAACUGAUUUAGCAUCAAAAGCUGAAGCAUUAUUAUCUUUAGAUUCAUUAGCGUUUGGCCGAUAAAUGAUGAAUCCAUAUGUCUAAUAUGUGUAUAUGUAUGUGUAUAUGUGUAUAUGUAUGUGUAUAUGUAUAUAU